CUGCAAGUCCACUUGCAACCGUCGCCGCAGAUGAUUUGGUACCUGUUGUAUCCUUUGCGAGGAACGACGGAAGCCCCCCUCCUUGCCCUGAACCAUCCUCUCCGCCGAGCCUUCGCGCGAUACGGUCGAUACGCCGCGAGACACGUCGUAACCACCCUCAUCAUUUCGGUCGCCGUCGCCGCCAUCCUCAUAUACCCAUUCCCAUAUCUCUUCACCUCAGAUCUGAGCAAUGGCGCUUCGAACCUACCGCACCAUGUGUGGACUGCCGCGCAGCCACUUGCCGAGAACAGCACAGAGCCCGACGUUAUAAUGCGAUCCAUAUGGGUCCACGGCAGUUACAUGAAGGCUUUGGAACGCGAUGUCUUGCUUGGUGCUCUCGAACUGCAAGAUGAGCUGCUUGGUCCCACCAAAGAUUUUAGCCCGCGCCGGGCCGUGACGACCGUUCGUCUCCACCAUCCGCACGACGCAGAUCUCGCCCCUGGAGACCGGGAUGCUUUUCACGUCGUCAAUGGCCUUACGAACCAAUCGUGGUUCUUCCACUCGCCUCUCCAAUAUUGGGCCUGCUCCCCCGAGCGCAUAGCAGACGAUGCCGACAUUCUUUCCACCGUCAACGAGAGGAAGACGCAGCCUACAUCAGUCAAUGUUACCCUGAGGCAUUCCAUCGUCUUCAGUGGCAAACACUUCGAGGACCGCAAACUCAUGGCCGCAGAUGCUUUGGUCAUCACACUGAUUCAUCUCCGCGAUUCCCCUGUCGGCCGCCAAUGGGAGAGGAAGGCGCAAGCGUUGGCAACUCGGAUGAGGAACAAAUGGACCGCGUAUCCGGCUGACGGCAGAAGCACGACCAGUCAAUUAUACGAGUUCCAGUUCAUGCCCAUCUCAAUGCAAGACACGGUGUUUCUUGCGCUCGCAUACGGCUUGGUAUCUCUUUACUUUCUAUUCAGCCUUUCGAAGCUGAGAGCCGUCAAGUCCAAGAUUGGGCUGAUAGUAACGGUCUUCGCCCAGAUCCUUGUUUCUAUCAUGUCGAGCUUCACUGUUUGUGCAGUUUUCCGAGUUGAUCUAUCGGGAAUCCCACAAGCGGCCUACCCUGUGGUGGUCCUCUCCAUGAGUCUGGAAAACAUAUUCAGACUCAUCAAUGCCGUUAUCUUGACUCCCUCGGAAAACAGCACGAGCAGUCGCAUUAGUCGCGCAUUCGGAGAGACGGCACACAUUGCUCUGGCCAGUUCGGCGCAGAACGUCCUCAUCCUGUGGGGUCUCUCCCAGGUUGUCUCACCUGGCGUUUCCGCAUUUUGCACCUUCGUGUCCGUCGCAAUUCUUUUCGACUUCUUCUAUCUAUCCACCUUUUUCCUGGCGGUCCUCAGCGUCGAUGUCCGACGCACAGAGCUCAGCGAUGCCCUGGCCAAAGCCACAUUGAAAAACAACAGGUACGGCCAGGAGCAACCACUAAAGACGAGUUGGUUUGAAGCCAUGCUGCAGGGCAAGAUUGCCCUGUCCACCCGUAUCGCCGGCACCGUCAUCAUGAUCACUUUCGUCUUGAUUGCGCAGUGGCAUUUCUUCGAGAAUGACACACUGUUCCGGCUCGUGCGCGGAGUUUUCAGAAUCGGUAGGGAUAGUGUCAACUUCAGUCAACAAAAGAACUCGAUGCUUGUCGACAUUCACCAAGCGCGUAGCCCGACGUCUUGGCUUCGGCUGCAGGACCACGAAAGCGCUCGCGAGGUCAUCAACGUCAUCAAGCCAAAUUCCCACAGUUACAUCGCCCGUGUCUACGACCCUCUGGUUUUCGUCCUAAAUGGUGCAGAUCGAACCCCGCGCAACCCCGAGCGACUAUUGCUACCGGCUCUCUACGACUUCAUCGACCAUCACCUAAAGCACUUCUUGGUUACCGUCCUGUUCAUCCUCUCAGCUGUUCGUCUUCUUAUGAACUACUUGCUGUGGGGUGAUGACGCUGAGUCGAGACGCAAUGGCGACCUCGGAGACCAGCCACUCCUUGCAGUAGACACUCUGCCAGAAGAGCACACUCUUGACGUCGUUCUCAUGUCUUCAUCUUACGACGGUCACAUCAUCUCUGUUGGCCUUGACCGGUCGGUCCGGGUGUGGGACGUUCGCUCGGGUGUGCUUGGCUACUCGCUGGCUGAUGUCGAACCACCGCCCGAGAACCCCUUCCCAGUGUUGGCUGUUGCGACAGACAAAAAGUCCAACUGGCUGGCUCUCCUGUCUUCUCGGAAGGUCUUCUUGUGGAAUUUGCAAGAGCGACGGUGGAGCCAGUCAGUACCAGUCGAAUUGAACGGCCAGAAGCCCGAAGGCUUCUUCUUCGGCACGCCAACUUUCGACUACUCGAGCCCGCUGGUCAUUGUGCGACGGAACGGGACGAUGACGCAAAUUUUCCCGGGCUCACGGGAGCCCAUGGAGUUUACGAUCUGCAAGAGUCCACUCAUUUCGGUGCGGCCUCUCGUUCAGAAGAACGCCAUAGGUGGGACUUCGCAGCUAUCGAUCCUGACGGCAUCGAGGAAAGGCUGCAUCCACGUCGCGACCCAUCAACAAGACAAUUCCUGGGUGUCACAAAGCCUUGACGUUCACACUGUCGAAGACCGAGACGCGUAUCAAGUCGUCCCGCUCUCUGCGCUUAGCUCGUUUCUAGUUGCCAGAUCUCAGACGGUCGAUCUUGUCGACGCGAAAACCAAGAACCUGCUCCACACGUUUGAAACGGAGCCCAUCCAGCCGCGGUCGCUUAGGUGUUUCCACUCUUCACGACGCAAGCCCCAAUGCGGCUCGGUUGGACUUGUGUCUUUCGGCAUAGCCUACAACCACGCCGAUUCGGGAGACUGCAUCAUCCAGACUUACACUUGCAGGGAAGAUGGGAAUGUCAUCUGCUUCCGGAAUACGAGCCUGCCACCGAGCCGCAGUUGCUCCAUGUGGCACGAUACUAUCGAGACAAAGCGACAAAUCGCCAACCCUGGCACUUGGGAGGCGCUUCCCAACGGCUUCCUUGUCGGUGUAAGGAAAGACAAUUAUGACAGUGGAUCGAGCAGCGGCGAGUCGUCCCCGACAACAACCGGCGGCCUUCGGCGCAGAAUGUAUCAACGCCUGGAAAAGCGACCCAGCAGGUCUGAGGACAACUGGGAAGUCUGGAUUGCAUCGGAGUUAGGGCGCGAGGAGAUAUACGAGACUAAACCACUUCACUCGGAAAUUGAGAGCGGAUCGCAUCUCAUCAUUUCCGAGCUUGGCCCCAUGGUCAAGGUCGGCACGGCGUCGGUGGCGGUGGGGUUUGGAAACAUCAUAAAGCUGAUCACGGUUGGCCAUCAGCACUUUGAGGACUUGGCGGAAGGCGAGAACGGUGAGUUCUUGAACAUUGGGAGCCGGCGAAGGAAGCCGGCUGGCGUUACACAUGCGCGAAUGAAGGUUCCGUCGUGGAUUUGA